UGCUCUGCCCUCCCCUGCCCUCCUCUGCUGUCGCUACCUUGUGGUUUAUGACAUCCAGAGAGUGGGAGGUCUGACAAUCCGAAGAAGGCAGCAAGGAAGAAAUUCCAUUCCUGUUGCAAUCAGUAAUUCCUCCGUGGAGGCUGCUUUCUCGUGAGUGUGUGCACGCACUUUCUUUUGUGUCACUUCAAGAAGGGCUCUGAUAUUAUUAUUACUUUAAAUAUAGCUUGCCCUGGGGCGGGGAAACGCACAAGGAAAGAGCCGGCAAGCAGCCUAUCUCUCAGAAGAAAAGAGCAAGCCUCACAGCACAGGAACUGGCUUCACUCAAGUGUGCAGUUUAGAAGUCAAAAAACUAUUUGAAAUACCACCAUUGUGGAGGAGGCUGAAGAAAAAAAAGACACGGAACUGGCUAAACACAGCGAAGAAUACAGUAAACCAGAGUGCAAAGUGCAUCUAUUUGCAGUUUGAAAGUGGGCUCUGAAGUGCAAUCUGGAUUUUCAAUAUAUGCCAACACUGGACUUCCUAUGGAACUGAAAACAAAACAUUUCAGCUUUCAGAGUAAUUCUGAUAUGUUUUUCUACAUCAUACUAAAAUACAAAAUAGUGGCAAAAAUACAGUCGACAAAAGAUUGUACUCCCUCAACUUCUGGCAUGGAGAGCUGAGGAAUAUAAUGCCCAAUGGUGACAAAGGGUGAUAAUUUCCUGUUUUUCACAAUUUGUCUCUGUGGUUUUGGACUUAGCAAUGGAUAUUCUUUGUGAUGGAGAGAGCUCUGUGAACCCAACUGCAAACUCCUUCAUACAAAUAAAUCAUGAGAGAAGAUUCUACAGAAAUGUUUAUGGAGCUGGAGAAAUUAAUAUAUCACAUCUCUGCAACUUGACUGUGAACUCUGACAACCUAACCAAUCUUUCAUGUGAAAGUAACAUGAGCCCACCGUGCUGCCUUUCACAGAAAAACUGGCCAGCUUUGCUGACGGUGAUAGUGAUUGUUUUAACCAUUGCUGGAAAUAUCCUUGUCAUCAUGGCUGUUUCACUGGAGAAAAAACUACAGAAUGCCACUAACUAUUUUCUAAUGUCACUUGCAAUAGCUGAUAUGCUGCUGGGUUUCCUUGUCAUGCCUGUAUCCAUGUUAACCAUACUGUAUGGAUACGAAUGGCCUCUACCCAGAAAGCUGUGUGCCAUUUGGAUCUACCUGGACGUGCUGUUCUCCACCGCAUCCAUCAUGCACCUCUGUGCCAUCUCACUGGAUCGCUACAUCGCCAUCCGCAACCCCAUCCACCACAGCCGCUUCAACUCAAGAACCAAGGCUUUUGCCAAAAUAAUUGCUGUUUGGACCAUAUCAGUUGGUAUCUCCAUGCCUAUACCUGUCUUUGGACUACAAGAUGACUCCAAAGUAUUUAAGAAAGAUAUUUUUAAGAAAGACAUCUGCUUACUCGCAGAUGAAAAUUUUGUUCUAGUAGGCUCUUUUGUGGCAUUCUUCAUCCCUCUAACCAUCAUGGUAGUCACUUAUUUUUUAACUAUCAAGUCACUGCAGAAGGAAGCUAUGCUAUGUGUGAAUGACAUUGGCCCUAAGACCAAGUUUGCUUCAUUCAGCUUCCUCCCUCAGAGUUCCCUGUCCUCAGAGAAACUCUUCCAGCGCUCCUUGAACAGAGACACGGGGACUUCAGGAAGGAGAACCAUGCAAUCCAUCAGCAAUGAGCAGAAGGCUUCCAAGGUCCUUGGCAUUGUCUUCUUUCUGUUUGUUGUGAUGUGGUGCCCGUUUUUCAUCACCAAUGUGAUGGCUGUUAUUUGCAAGGAGUCAUGCAAAGAAGAGGUCAUUGGAGGACUUCUUAACAUAUUUGUUUGGAUUGGCUACCUUUCUUCAGCUGUCAACCCACUCGUAUAUACGUUGUUCAACAAAACCUACCGCUCAGCUUUCUCUCGCUACAUCCAGUGUCGCUACAAGGAGGAGAAGAAACCUUUCCAGCUGAUCUUAGUGAACACUAUCCCAGCACUUGCAUAUGACUCCAGACAGCUCCAGCUAGCACAAAUGAAGAGUUUGAAAAAAGAGGCGAAAAUGAUGGCUAAGGAUUACUCAACAGUCACGAUAGGAACACAUCAUUUAGAUGGUACCUCCAAGGGAAGUAUCGGCCCAGGGAAUGAAAAGGUUAGUGGUGUGUGAUGGUCAGCAGCUGCCAUGACAACCACUUUCUGUGCACUGAAAAUUUCACUCGCUGUGAGAAGCUCUGAUAGCUUAGGAAAAUCAGCUGUGUUCAAGAGACCUUCCAACAACAUCAUAUACUCCUCACAUUAUCCUGUGAAUGAAAAGCAGGGUUGAAAGGGUAUCAAAUGUGCAAUUUUUCUCCAUACUUUGGCUGUUUAAAGCACAGGCUUUAUUAAACUUAUUUUUUUAAUAUUCUAAAGGAUAUAUUUCUUAAAGAAAAAAAUGCAAUUUCUUGUAUUAUAAUAUGGGCUGUGAAGAAACCUACGCAUUUCUCUUCUCUUUGCAAAUGAAAGCUAAGCUGUCCUUUGAUGUUCUUGCAGAGUAGGCUCCAGCUAGUUUGUCUUGCUACAACUGAGUUUUGUUAUCAUUAACUGAAUGAGCACUUUAUGGAAUUUUAAAUAAAAUGAUGGUCCAUUUGCUAAUAUAUAUUUAAAAUAAAUCCUAAAGUAUUAAACAAAAUCUAUUCAAAUUGCUAUAGAUUAAUUAUAUGGACAUUUUGUUAACUGUUUUAAUGCUAUUUUUUUCUUUCUCAGUAACCAUCCCGAAAUGCCCCUGGGCUUUUCUGCCAUUUGUUCUGUAUUUCAAAUAAGCAAUCUUUAAAGGUGAAUUAUACUUGAAUAAUCCUCUGUUUCCACCACCACUUGUAAUCUUUAUUUCAGGACUUGUAGUUUAUUUUCAUUCAAAAAUUUCACAUGUUCAUCUUAAAAAUUGAAAGUAAUGUUUUCAAAAUUAUUAGUCUUAAUUCCCUGCUCCUCCCACUAGUGAAGACAGGGAGGUGAAGUGAGAGAACAGCGGAAAACCAGGCACAACAUUGCUAAAUAAUUUCAGCACCACUUCCAGAUUCAUGACUCUCUGUUCAAUUCCAAAAAAGUCUGAUUUAAAUUAUGUCAGAGGAAGCUUUGCAUGAGUAAAGCCUUCAGUAAAAGAUUGAAGCA